AGGGGAGAAGUGUGUGUGUGUGUGUGUGUGUGUGUGUGUGUGUGUGUGUGUGUGUGUGUGUGUGAGUGUGAGUGUGUGUGUGUGUGUGAACCAGAGUCUUUAACAGUGAAACACACACACUCUCUCAUCAGUUGGAGCUCUGGGCUUCGGUGCGGCUGCAGGACAGAAAGCUGCGUUCAGUGUCUACUUGGAAACGUAACAGAAGAAGAAGAAGAAGAAGCUGAUCUAUUUUGUUUCUACCAGAAGGAAGAGAAGAAUAAGAAGAAGAGUUAAAAGAAGUAGAAGAAGAAGAAGAAGAAAAGAAGCAAACAUGUCCAACGCUCUGCUGAAGAGAAACUCCAGCAAACAGGGUUUACAGAACCUGAUGAGGCUGACGGCUCAGAGGAGUGUGGAGGACGCCGAGGAGGUGGAGAGGGAGCGACGCCGGAGAGCUCGGGAGGCGCCGAGCUGGUCUAACGGCGGCUCGCUGCCCGGAGAGUCGUCACCGGAGGACGGGACGCCGGCAGAGGACAGCAUGUUCGACUGCGAGCUGAAGCCGAGCAGCUCUCUGGCUCUGGAGGAGGACGAGGGCUUCAGCGACUGGACUCAGCGCCGAGAGAGACGGAGGCAGCAGCGACUGCAGGAGCUCAGCCAGGGAGGCGAGGAGGACGAGGACGAAGAGGAGGACACGGUAAACAAAGCCGUCACCGUGAAGACCGUCAAGGCCUCCGUCACGUCCUCCGGUCGACUCCAGAGACAGGAGCACCUGAGAGAAGACGGAGCCGGGGUGGAGAUGGAGAGGAGGAAGGAGCGUGAGGAGGAGGCGAUAAGAGCUGAGAGGGUGAGGAGGGAGGAAGAGAGGGAGGAAGAGGAGGACAAGAGGAAGAGAGAGGAGGUGAAGAACAGGAGGAAGGAGGAGAUUCAAAGGCCGAUUACAGAGGUGGAGAAAAGAAAAGAGGUUAAAAUCUCCUACACGUCCAAGGUUUUCGUUUCCCAAGAGCCGAAACAAAGCAACGCCAAUGGAGACGCAACCAGAGAGGAAGUGAUGUCAUACAAGAACAAGUCAAAAAGGUCCACCAGCAGAGCGGUGGAGCCGGAGGAGGCGGACACCAUCCUGGAGACGGAGCAGCGUCUGGAGAAGAUCCGUCAGAGCCUCCAGCAGAAGGAGAGCAAGGAGCUGGAGCAGCUGAGACACCGACAGGUGGAGGCCGAGCAGGAGCUGGAGGAGCUGAAGAGGAAGAGGGAGGAGAGGCGUCAAGCCCGGGCGGAGGAGGAGCGUCGGAGGGAGGAGGAGGAGCAUCAACGGCUCGCCAAAGAGGAGGAGGAGAGGAGGCGCAUGAAGGAGGACAUGGAGAGGAGGAGGAUGGAGGCAGCAGAGAGGAUGAAGAGCCUCAGUACCUCCAGCGUGGACGGAGACGAAGCUUUCACUCCCUUCAGCCCCAUAACUCCCACUCACAAGAUCUCAGAGAGAACCGAGUCUCUGAACCGCUCCCUGAAGAAGAGUAACAGCUUCAAGAAGACGCAGACUCUCGUCCUGCUGCCAAAGAUCGACGACAAGCUGGAGCAGUACGCACACGCUGUGGAGAAUUCCCAGGAAGUCAGGGCAGUGAAGGCAUCGCUGACUGACCUGCCCAGCUCACCUGAGGUCGUCAUCUCCAAGAAAAACCUGUUUGAGGCCGGAGAAGCCUGGAGCCAGAGUCCCACCAAGGGAGCCACCUGCAAGGACGCUGAAGGUUUGAAUGUGGGCGUGGCCAACCGCAUCACCCAGUGGGUGAAGGGUUCGUCUGAUGGUGGCAGACAGGUGCCCGGAAAACCAGCAGAUGUGAGGUCCGGAGAUGUGAUGCAGAAAAAGAACAUGUGGGAGGUUAUUGGAGACUCGACAGGUCAGCCUGGACAAAAGGCCAAGAGCUCAGCAGCUGGUAAACAGUAUAGAUUUGUGGUGACUGGUCACGGAAAAUAUGAGAAAAAAUGAGAAGAUCCCCGUGGACGGAGAGAACGGAGAGUUCGCUAACUCUGAUUUAUAUCAUGAUGACUACUGAAGAAGGUGUCGUCUCUUCAGGUCUGUCAGAAGCAGCAAGACUCAAUAUCUCAUUUAUAUCAAAUAAUUCACUUUUUCUGACUCUCUCAGUUGGACGACUACAAACCAGCAGCUCAAGCGCAAAAGAUUUGAUCGUCAAAUGUCUAUAUUUGUUCAAUUUCCUCUUUGUAUUUUCUGAUAUUCAGUUUUUAUUAUUAUGUAUAUAUCUGACUGAGCUUUAAUGUUUCGGUAUUCUUCCCUUCUAUAGUGUUUUAGAUGAAUCUUAAUAUCUGGUUGAUACUUGUAUUAUGGUGUGUAGGGAAACCUAAAUGUCUCUCGAAUAGAAAAAAGUUUACAUUUUCCAAUCAUGUAAUUGAUGGAUAACAAUUACAUAUAAUUGUUAUAUUAUCUGAUCUGCACUUAAACUUUUGGCUAAAGAACAAUCUGACCUGUUGAUUUCAGGAGGGACAUACUUUGUCAAAAACUGUUACCGCAGAGUAAAUACUGAUGAUAUGAUGACACUGAAAGUAUGAAAACUGAGAUUUGAAUGUCUUGGCUCACUUGUUGCGGCGCCAAAAAUAGAUGACAUUGAUUUGGUAUCUGUUACAUUUCAACAACAUUUAUUACCUGAUCCAUACAAUCCAACUAUUUCCUGUUUGUUUUUAUCAACUUUGUCUCCGUACUACUGCAGACGUUUCUAACUUUUAAUAUCCAAGUACUGAGAUUUCUGAUUGUAUGUUUUUAAUCCUUUUACUUAAAUAAAUUAACAUGAUUUUCUAA